AGUGAUCCCCGUCGUGAUUUUUCCUUUGUCUCUCUCCGCUAUCCUAUCACCGAGAGAUAUAGCGAAAGGAAAAGCCUCAACGCUGUGUUGAGCACCGAAUCACAGCAUCGGAGUGAAUCGAAGCAUAAUCGACGCGUUGCGGUCACACGAAUACGCCAACUGCUUCUUUGAGCAAAUACAGGGAAUAACGCAGCGCACAAGUACGGCUUUUUUCCCCUUUUGCAACAGCACUCUAUUUGGCUUCGGAUGCAAGCUAGGUGUGCCCCAAAACUGGUGAAGGACGACCCUUUACAUUAGUUUAAAAAGGAACCAGUUUCAUUGCAGUAUAAUUAAAUUCGCUCAAUUCAAUAUUAUUACUAUUAUUAUUAUUAUUACUACUACUUCUUCCAUUGAGGUGCGACCAUGGGCGGUCAUCGCGGAGCACAUCGUUUUACGCGCUUAUGGCGCAGCCGGCGUAUAAUGUGGCGCGCCACUCUUUUUUUAAUAUCGCUGAGCUGUCUCAGUUUAGUGGGGAUGCUCCUGUCGUUUUUCCAAGACAAUGCUGAGUUUUACGCGGAGGAGAAGCACCACAACACCAUGCAACCACCACCGCAACACAACAACUUUGCUGGGGGAGAAGAUGCACGCAAGACAUCCUUUCUCCGGCCCGCGCAAGCGAACACAUCCUUCCCUCCACAGCCGACGACUAGUCCCAUACCGGUUGCAGAAUCGUUGUGGUUUAACGAUGCGGAGAUCACCGGUGAUGAGGGCAACCUCGGCCGAGAUACGAGUGUCUUCUCAUCAGAUGGAGUAGCGCGUGUGGUGUUUGCCGCUCGUAAGCGGCUCCAUUCGGAAAACGAAACCCCAUCGUCACCCCGCCUGCUUGCCUCCGACGUGUCGUGGGUUGCCUACGCGCGGUAUGCGCAGGUGCACGCAAAAACUGGCGACGACGGCCGCCCAGCAGGACCAAACGCACCAGAGACGCCGCAGGACUCGGCCGCAAUGCGCAUUCGCCCGUUAGAGCAGGUGGAGGUGCAGCUGUUGCGUCAACGCGUGUCACGCAAUGUCUGGGCCACCACGGACCAUCCUCAGCUGGGCGCCAUUGUGGGGGUGGUCCCCUUCGAGCCUGGUGCGCCGGACACCACGGAGGAGCUGCUGGUGGAGCAGUACCUACGCGCAGAGGAUCAACGGAAGGCCCGUCCCGAUCCGUUGCGUUUUUUAUCCCUCGCCGCUGUUGCCGCGCGCACCGGUGGCGGGGGAGACGAGGGCAGGGGAGGGGGAGGCAGCAGCACGUUAGAGGUCGACACGUCGAUGGACUUGUUGAAAACGCGAGCACUACGUGGCGCGAAUAAGGCGACGUCGCCACCGCCGACACCCCUGAUUGAACUGAGGAGCGGGUUUCGCGCAAAAGAUUUCACGGACGGCGCAAAGGACGACACCAUCGUCUCGCCCACCGCGACGACUCUGAGGUGGAAUGCAGGGGGUGCGGAGUCAGAAAACCCCGUUACCUUUGAUGUCACGUUGGACGUAGUGCAUCCGCGACAAAUCAUCAGCGACGGCUUCAAUGGCAGAGGGACCAUGGACCAAAGGGAGUCCACGGUGAACGAGGUCUUCACGGAUGCACUCCAGGCAACCGUGUGCAGCGCACGCCUUGUUCGCUUGUACGGGCUCUCACCGCUUCUGUUGAGGUCGCAGCAACAAGACGACGCGGGAACGGAGGCGAUGGGCGGUGAUGACUUCAUCCCUUUGAACAUGCGAGAGGGAGUCGAAGUGAUGGUCGGCGGACGAUCUGCGUCCUCUCCUCACCUUUUGGUGCCGGGUGUCGUGCCUUUGCUCUACAUGGAGCUGGACACGGGUGACGUACCUCGGCUGCCCCCGCUGUCGCCCCCGGCACGUCGCACGGUGGGGCUGCUGUGGCUGCAUCCAGCUCCUUUUAUUCUGUCUACCUUCACCGCUGCUUCAGCGCAGACAUGCGUGAGGCUGCGGAGCACGGUGAGGCCGACGAAACUCUAUCUGCUCCCCGGCCCCACGCCGGCGGACGUGUUGCGGCAGUACUACACGCUGACGGGCUUCCCGACGCUGCCGCCGCGGUUUUUGCUGGGCUACCAUCACGGCCUGCGCGGUGCAGCGGCGACAACGCAGGCGACAGUGGAGGCCCUCGAUGCGUCCUUCCUCCACUCACGCACCCCGUUGGACAGUGUGUGGGUGACCGACACUGCGGUUUCCGCCCGCGACACUCCCUUCACGUGGAACGCGUCCCGCUUCCCCGAUCCGGUGCAGCUGCAGUCGAACCUGUGGUAUGGCGGUCGUCGCUACGUGGUGGUGCGCACGGUCCCUACCAUUCCCAUCACCACGCACUCCCCUCUCUUCCUUGAAGGACGUCGCGAGAGCUUCUUUGUCACGAUGAACGCGGAGGAGGCGGUUGGGUGGCCGACGCGUAGUCUCGACGGCGUGCCGAGCAACGUUGUGGACUUCACCAACCCGUCCGCGCGGCGGUGGUACGGUAAUAUGCUGAAGUACCGCCGCUACACCGGCUCCACCAACCACACCGCCGUCCGCCUGCAGCACGCAGCGCCGUUGGUCAUGGCAGACGGCGUGCCGAGCGCGGCACUGUCAGAGUGCGCACUGCGGGAGCUAUCGCGUGUGGGCGACGUUUUGCCGAUGGAGGUGGGGCACCACGGCAGCUUUGCGCAUCGCGAGGUGCAUCAGCUGCUGCCGGUGGACUUCGCGCGAGCGGCGCAUGAAGGCAUGCUGCGUCGCACGCAGUACGUCCGCCGUGCCAUGGUGCUGACGGAGAACUACUACGCUGGGAUUCAGCGCUACGCUGUGGUGCUGGUGGAGACCCCACCGGCGUGCGCGGAAGAUGCAGCGACCCAGAUCAAUUCAAAAGACACGCCGGUGGUAACGCCCGGUACGAGGGAGAAGAGUGCGCUUGCCGCUGCCUGGAAGCAGUUGCAGCUGGCUGUGCGGCAGUGUGCGCAGCUGAGUACGUUGGGCAUCCCGUUUAGCGGUGCCAACCUGGGUGCUGGCCUGACAAGAGAAGUGCUGAGCGUGCUGCUGCAGCGUCAACCAACGGAGCCAGCAAUGACAGCAGCUGUGGAGAACGCGCGGAAGGAAUUGGAAGACAACGACGAUGCAAAGCCGAAGCUACCGCCGCAACAAAACCGCGACGAGGGGCAAGUUCCCAUUUCUCGUGCGGUGCAGCCAACCGCUUCCCACUUCCGCGAAGCUCACCAGCUUGUGGUGCGGUGGUACCAAGCCGGUGUGUUCUUCCCGCUUAUGUACACCGAAGAGGAUCCAACCGCCGCAGCAGCUGAACAAGCGCAAAGCUUUAAGUACGGCACCGGCGAUGCGGCAGGACCGUGGUGGAUGCGACUGCCGGUGGCGGCGACAACGCAGGCGGCCGUUCACGCCAAUAUCAACGUGCGCUACGCCCUCGUGCCCUACCUCUACACGGUGGCCCACAACGUGAGUGAAAACGGAAGCUCCUUCUUUGCGCCACUGCCCUUUGCGCAGCUUAGCCCUACGCGGGGUGGACCUGCAACCAGCUCAGGUUUCCCGACGUGCUACGCGGUGGGCGAGGCCGUAGUUGUGUGCCCGGUCACGCGCAGCGUUAGCCAGGCGGCUGAGUCGCCCACGCAAGGGAAGAUUGGGACGGACCUGUUCGACUUGUGGACGGGCGUGUGGAGUUCAUCUUCCGUUCUACAGACACCGGAGGACAUCGUCGUGGUGCCCGCGCAAGGCAGAACGCCGCUGCGGUGGUUGGCCAUGACGAGCAGAAGGAAAGUGCCCGCAUCCGCAGCCGACCUCCCCACUCCUGCCUUCCUCGCUCCCGCCUUUCUGCGUCCCGGCAACAUCAUAGCCACACAAAACACCCUGUUGCCAGCAGAUGAGGCGUCGGAAGGCAGCCCAUUAAGAGACGAUGCGCACACCGUACACAGCACCCACAUGGGCGCCAACUGGACGCUGACGGUGGCCCUCCCACCCCUGCCGCAGCGGACGGGGUCGACGCCUGCCUCCCAGCUUCUCGCCGCGGGCGACGUCUUCUGGGACGAAGGCAGCCACAACAGUCAGCAGCGGCCGCCUGCGCCUCAGUCGCGCUCGCUUCAGCUGUCCGUCAAGUUUCCAGUCAUCCCUCACCGGGUCAAUCAUUGCGCGUUGCACUUCAACUGCUUUUAUGACGUUCGUGAAGGUGGCACGGCGAAGCUAGUGGUGGAGGUGCAUCAGACGUCGGACUCCUGCGCGGAGGCCGUUGCAGAGCUGCAGUCGCACUGGCAAGAGCAGCCGGAGGGUUUUGCGCAGCGUCUUUCGCGUGCCAAGGAACUCCGCGACGCGCGUCUGCAUGACCUUGAGCUUCAGCAAAAUGAAAAAGAGGACAAAGGAAUGCGCGUCGAGCGCACUACUGGUCCGCUGGCGGAGACGUUCGCGGAAGAGGAUUUGAAUGGCCUGCGGCUUCCACGGCAGGCGAACGAGGCCGCGCGAAACGGCCUAUGGCGCUCCCACCUACUGCACCGCAUUCGAUUUCUGUUUCAGCGAGAGGAGGACGCAGCGCAGCUGAUAGACCUGAGCGGCGCCUCCAACGCCUCGACCGUGGCAGUAGAGCGGCAGGGCACUCCAGCGGAAACGAAGAGCGAGACGAUCGUGUCUGGCAGCGCACCCGUUUCUCGCGGUUCGUCGCGCUCCUACGAGGUGCUUGUCGAUUUGUCGGCGUGUGACACCUCCAUAAAAGGUGCGAACACCGCCGUAGUGAGCAGUCUCGCAGCGACUCCGUUGUUUGGCGUCGAAGCGCGCGCCGACAGGGACGGGAAGCCCGCGUUGUACGUUCCGUCCGCCUACACGUGGCGCUUUGUGUUUUCCCUCAAGUAA